AUGGCAACUGAACAACAAUUGAGAGUUUUAACGGCAAAAAAGGAGAAUCUUUUUCGUCGAAUUCAAGGUAUCUACGAUGCAAGCAAUAAUAUUGCAACUUCAGAAAAUCUUCCUUUAUCUAAACUUGAUCCCGAAACAUCACGUUUGUUCGAAAAUUAUAAAAGAAAAGAUUCUAUCCCAAAUUACGAAGAUAUUAUUGAGGUUACAAUACCGCAAACUGGACCUAUUGCCGUUGAGUCAAAAUCACCGCCGAAAGAAAACCAUAGUUUAGAAAGUAUUUCGCCCUCGCAUAGUUUGUGCUCAACGACAUCGUGUAAUAGUCCUCAACAAAACUCAACAGUGCUCUUAGCUACCGCUAUUGUUUAUAUUCAAGAUUGUAAUGGAGAAAAGCAACAAGCUCGUUUUAUUUUGGAUAGUGCAUCUCAAGCUCAUUUAUUAACCGCAAAUUGUCGCAAACGCCUUGGACUACCAAUGUCCAAAGUUUACAAUUCAAUUAGUGGAAUCGGAUCAAAUUCCAACCCAGCCCAUGGACAAUCGAACUUAACAUUUUUCUCGCGAUAUGAUCCCUUAAAAUCAUACAAUAUAAAUGUCUUAGUAGUCAACAAAAUAACGAAUCAAUUACCAACGUCACCAAUAAACACGGAAUCCAUGUCCUGUUUUAAGAAUUUACCCCUUGCAGAUGAAAAAUACCAUCAACCGGGUCCUAUAGACGGAAUAAUUGGUGCUCAAUUAUUCCCGCAUUUGUUUUACACUGGUAGAGUAACCACCUCCAAAUCAUCACCUAUUGCAGUUGAGAGUAGCUUAGGCUAUGUGGUUAUGGGUUGCGCACCUCUUUUGUCUUCAACCGAUCAAACUCAGAUCUUUUGCACUACAAUGGAUGAACCACCCAUAGAAAAUAUUUUAAAACGUUUUUGGGAAUUAGAAGAGGUCUCAGUAUCUGUGGCAAUGGACCCUGAAGAUGAAUAUUGCGAAAAUUUAUUCGUUUCAACGGUUGAUAGAGAUCCUACUGGGAGAUAUAUUGUAUCAUUGCCCUUUAAAAAUCACCCUUCAAAUUUAGGUGAUUCAUAUUCAUUUGCCUAUAAACGAUAUCUUUCAUUGGAACGGAGACUAAAGGCUUCUCCAGAGUUAAAACUUGAAUACGACAAAAUUAUUCAAGAUUAUCUAAAUCAAGGUCACAUGAGUAUAGUCGAAGAAAACGAUUCCGACUCAACGACCUAUUAUAUACCUCAUCAUCCCAUAUUCAAAGCUAGUUCAUCAACACCAGUUCGCGCAGUUUUCGAUGCCAGUAUGAAAAGUACUUCUUCAUUAUCUUUAAAUGACAUUUUAUAUGCGGGACCAAAAUUGCAGAUAGAUAUUCGCACUAUAUUAUUGAAUUUUCGCUUAUUUUCCAUUGCCAUGUGUGCAGACAUACGACAAAUGUACAGACAAAUUAUUGUUGCUGAAUCGCAUAGACGUUAUCAAAGACUACUAUGGCGUUUCUCACCUGAGAGACUAGUUACAAAACUUCAAUUGAACACAGUUUCAUUUGGAAUCAAAUCAUCUCCUUAUUUGGCUCUAAGAGUUGUCCAACAAUUGGCUAAAGAUGAAUCCAAAACAUAUCCGAAUGCUGCACAAGUUGUUUUAAGAGAUCUAUACAUAGACGACCUUGUCUCUAGUGUCGAUAGUAUUGAUGAUGCCAAAUUGUUGUAUGAGGAAUCGGUGGGUUUGUUUAAAUCAGGAGGAUUUGAAUUGGUCAAGUGGUCCUCUAAUAGUAAACAACUUCUCGACAUUAUUCCACCGGAAAUUCAUCUUGUUGACCUGCUACAAUUUGAAAGUGAUACAUUGAAGGUGCUUGGCCUUCAAUGGAACCCGCAUGCAGAUAUUUUAUCAUUUCAGGUUAACUCAACUAGACAAACCUGUUCAAAACGCAUAAUUUUAUCCACCAUUGCACGCUGUUAUGAUCCUUUAGGUCUUUUAUCUCCCGUUAUUCUUUACGCUAAAUUAAUUAUUAAAGAUUUAUGGAGUCUUGCACUUCAAUGGGAUGAUACGCCACCGCCUAACAUAUUAAAAAAAUGGUUAUUAUUCAUUGAUGAACUAUCGUUGUUGAAUAAUUUUCAAGUUCCGCGACAUGUGUCUGUUUUCAAAAAUAGUCCCACAAUUUUAGUAGCUUUCGCUGAUGCCAGUGAAAAGGCCUAUGGAGGAGUAGUUUACCUCCAAACCUUAACUCCAAACAAACAAAUCAAAGUCACAUUGCUGUGUUCUAAAUCGAAAGUCUCGCCAACAAAAACAAUUUCUAUUCCCAGAUUAGAAUUAUGCGCCGCACAUUUAGUUUCAAAAUUAGUUCAUUUUGUAUUAGAUACAUAUGGAUCCCGGAUUCCUAUAAUCGACCUACUUGCAUUUUCUGAUAGCACCGUAGUUUUAAGUUGGCUAAAUUCUUCUCCUUCAAGAUGGGCGACAUUUGUGGCAAAUCGCGUUACAAAGGUCACGCAGUUGGUUUCCAAAGAAAAUUGGUUCCAUAUUGAUAGCCAAUCUAACCCCGCUGAUUGCAUUUCACGUGGUUUAACUCCUUCCGAAUUAUUAGAACACCCGCUCUGGUUAACUGGGCCAUCUUGGUUAUCUAAUUACAGAAAUCAAUGGCCUAUUCAACCAUUUGAUAGUGGUGUAAGUUCGACCACUAUUGAACAAAAGUUAAUAGCGCUUCCGCUCGUUGAUAAAGGAGCAAAUUCACUAUAUCUAUUAGUGACCCGAAUUUCAACAUGGUGGAAACUAAUUCGGGCUACUAUAUACGUAUUGCGAUUUCUUCGUAUUUUACCGCGACAAAAUUAUAUACUCGCUGAACAAUUGGAAAAGGCUGAGCUAACAAUGAUUAGAGUAGUACAAAGGAACCUUAUGGUUUAG